AUGUCGCCUCAUAGCAUUUCGAGCUCAAGACCGUCCCUCUCGUCAAAUGGUUCUCUGCAUUCGUCAGGAAAACCCGUUCCAGUGGAACCUGUUCCAUAUAGACCCCAGAGGUCUGGUUCCGUUAACUCCCUACAAGCAUCCAUGAAUAGCGCUCUGAGCCCACGUACAGCAUUGUCAAGACUAUCGACAAGUUAUAGUGUCAACCAGAUUUACGGUGAUAUGGAUAGCGAUGAGAUCGAACGUGAAAGAUCUCUUCACCAAAACGAAAUCCUCCGUACGCUAUCGAAAAGAAUGCUGAGGGUGGCGUCGAUAGAAGGCUUCCGUGAUCCUGCUGACGAAGAGAACCAGAACAAAAACGACGAUGUACAAAGGGCGUACGAAAAAUUGCCUGAUACCGCCGUGCCUGCCAGAGAUUAUGGUGGUGAGUUCACAGACGUUGACCCUGAGUUAGUUGCAUGGGAUGGACCUGACGAUCCGGCUUUCCCUAGAAACUGGUCAUGGUCUAGGAAGUUCUUCCUGACUUUUAUGGUGUCUAUUUAUACGUUGAUUUCUCCAAUGUCAUCGUCUGUUCUUUCGCCGGCCAUGCCGGCUAUCUCAGAGGACAUCAACUUGAAUUCCACUGUUCUUCAAGCGUUUUCUGUAUCCAUCAUGGUACUUGCAUGGGCUCUUGGUCCUUUGAUCAUUGCCCCCAUCUCGGAAUCUGACCGUGUCGGUCGUCGUCCUGUUCUUAACAUCUCCAUCUGGAUUACCUUUGUCUUCAACUUGGCCUGUGGUUUUGCGAAAACAACAGCUCAGCUCUGUGUCUUCCGCUUUUUGGGCGGCUUGGGUGGUUGUGCUCCCUUGAACGUGGGUGCUGGUUGUUUGGCUGAUGUGUGGAAUGAUGACCAACGUCUUUUGGCUAUGGCAUUCUACUCCAUGGGUCCUCUUCUCGGUCCUGUUAUUGCUCCUGUGAUUUCAGGUUUUGUUGUGCAACGUGCCAACUGGCAUUGGUGUUUCUUCUACUUGGCCAUCUUCAACUUUGUCGUUGCUGUUGUUGGUUUGUUCUUUUUUGAAGAAACUUACUCUCCAACCUUGUUGAGAAAGAAGGCAGUUAAGUUGCGGAAAGAAACCGGAAACACACACUUGCAUACCAUUUUUGAAGUGGCUGAUGGUGAGCCCAUGAUCAGUAAGGCUCUCGUGUCCGUCUCGAGACCAAUCACCCUUCUAGUUGGACACCCAAUGGUCUUUGGUUUAGGUAUCUUCAUGGCCUUCUGUUACGGUUUCAUGUAUCUCCUUAUCGUUACAUACCCAGCUGUUUACAAGGGCUCUUACGGCUUCAGCACUGAAAUUUCCGGCCUCAUGUACAUUCCGUUGGGUAUUGGUUUCAUCCUUGGUACUAUCAUCUUCACACCGCUUAACAACUGGAUGUAUAGAAAGCUUAUCGCCCAGAACAAUGGCGUUGCAAAGCCUGAACAUCGUCUUCCUAUGUUGCUUGGAAGUGGCUUUGGUAUGCCAGUUGCACUUAUCUGGUACGGAUGGUCGGCAGAAAAAGAAUUACAUUGGAUCAUGCCAGCCAUUGGUUCUGUGAUCUUCGGAAUUUUCACAGUGCCUGUUUUCCAGAACAUUCAGAGUUACCUUAUUGACAUGAACAAUCGUUUCGCAGCAUCUUCGGUUGCCGCAGCCGCUGUAUUCCGUUCCCUUUUUGGCUUUUCAUUCCCUCUUUUCGCCAGCUUCAUGUAUGACAGUUUGGGAUAUGGUUGGGGUAACACCAUGUUCGCCUUCAUCGGGCUUGCUUUGGGUGUUCCCUUCCCUGUCUUCUGUUUGAAGUACGGUGAGCGCUUGAGAGACUGGGCCAAUGCCAAGUUUGAUCGCCAGCAAGCCAAGAGAGACGCAAAGAACUUGGAAAGAUUGCAAGCUAUGGAAGCUAACAAGAACGAGAAGAGACACCAGAAGGAAAGCUCUUCAGACUCCUCCACGAACUAA